UUAAAACUAAAAGAAAAUCUAACAUUCAAGGCUUAACUUAUUUAUGUUUAUUGAGAAAUAAGAACAUAUCGUGACACGAAGUUAUUUACUUAAGUUUUUUCUUUAUAAAUCGGGAUGAUGUAUAAAUUACAAAAACCGUUUAUUAUGGAAUAAAUAUCGUUAAUGAAACGAGUGAUUUGUUGAAUUUUUAUGAAGUAAACAAUACUCGCAUGACUGGGACGAGGGUUCCAUAAAAAUCAAUAAUGUCUGCGCACAACUUUGCUACGACGACUUUUACGCUAUGAAGUCAUGGCUCGACAAUGUUUUAGAUAAUCUUGUUGUGUUAUAAGGUUCCUUAUUAAUUAUAUUAGACUUGAAACACAUUGCCAUGCAUAAAAGACUUAAAGUAGUAAUGUUUGCAUGUUAAAAUACCCAAAAAAAAGUCAGCUCAGGUUUGUCGCAAGGUCGUUUGAAUAAAAUAAAUAAAACAUAUACAAAUCUUGAAUUUAAUCUAAAGUAACUUUCAAAUAUAAUCACUUGAAAUAGAUGCAUCUAAAAUAAGAUGCGUAUUAUAUACACGGCUGCGGUAAAAAUAUGACGCUUCCCGCCAUUUCAGCUGUCAAGACCCGGAGUUAAGCUAACAUAACAUAAUGUGUAACUGAGGAACAGUGUGUGGCAAUGGAUCAGUCGAGCUGAAGACUUGGAACCGUUGACAUUGUGGCGAUCGGGAGAAAAGACGAAAAUGCGCUGGAUAUUUCCCGUUCCAGUUCUCCUCAUGUCCUGGUUCGGAGUGGAGCAAGUAAAAGGGAACUCCUGCAUCAGGACUGCAUUGUGGACACUAAGUCUGAGUCCUCUUGUUCAGGCGGAAUGCCAAACCCGCACGAUUUACUGUUAUGAGUGUGACAGCUGGACGGACGCUCGAUGCAAGGACCCCUUCAACUACACCGCUCUGCCGCGGGACCAGCCGCCGCUGCAGACCUGCAACGGCUGCUGUGUCAAGAUGGUUCGCUAUUCCAAAAGCCCGUACGAGGUCGUCCGGCGCACCUGCACGUCGCAGCUCCAGAUAAAUCUGUUCAUGGUGGAUCACGUUUGCAUGAUGGAAAGUACAGGCACUGGUCACAUGUGUUUCUGCGAGGAGGACAUGUGCAACGGCGCAUCGACUGUCGACAUCACGCUGGCGUUGACAGCACUAGUCUUGUUAGCAUGUGCAUGUUGCAGGUGAAGUAGGACGCUAGUUACCGCUAGAGGGCGUCGAUCGAUCUAUCGACAUUUCCUUGCACGUUGGUGACGAACCGUUUUUCGAUAAACUUUUGAUUCGUGAGUGUGCAAGCGAGAUGCACGAAUCAAAAUAUCGAUCGACUCGAUGGCGCAACCCUAGUUAUUUAAUUACUAUCUUCGUCCAAUUGUAGUCUGUAGUAUAGUUUUUGGAGGUGCUUAGUUUUCACAGCGCAGUAUUAAAGUUUAGCUGGAAGCGUUUAUCUAACAAUUUUUCUAAUAACAUUUCAUUAAGUACACGAACCAUUAAUCCUAAAUCCCCACCACACGGCGAACUCAAAAUGCCAUCGAACUGCGAACUUGCGGGUUCCUUUAUAAGUAAAUUGACUUAUUUGACUUCAAUUUCUGUACAAUUUAGGACAUUCACGUUUGAUUUGACUUUAAGUGUAGAUCAUUUUUUAUUUAUUUGUUCGUUUUUGUACAAAUUGUUGAAGUGUACAAAAUUAUUGUUGUUUGCGUUGCCGUUUUGAUUUCGUCGAUAGACGUGGGUAAACAAAAAAACAAACAAAAUCACUCGAGCCGUCUUCUUGAUAAAAUUCACGUGAAAAAAUAUUUGUAACAAAAAUCUCACCCCCAAAAACACAUUUGUGAAAACUAAACGCUUAAAUUAUUUCUCAUCUAACUUUCCAAUAUUACGCGAAUAUAAAAACGACUAUAAUUAUUAUAUAAUUAAAAAAUCUUAAUUAAUUUUACAAAUAUUUCAAACUUUUAGCAUGUAAAUAGUGCUGUCACAUAGUGAUGUGACUGAUUAUUAUCGAUAACUGAUACUUCGCGACGCUUCUAACUUACUGGUCCAAUUUUAAGACCAACUUGAAUUUGCUCAUAGACGCACUCUAUAGACGUGAAGCACUAUCUAGGUAGAAAUAACGAUAAAGAUUACGAAGCGACGAGAACUAGCGAGAACUGCCGCGUAAGUAGUUGGGUAUUAAGGACAUAGGUUAGGUUCCAAGAAUAGUUUCAAAGGUGAUAUAGAAAUUAUAAAUUUCGUUAUAAUGUGAGAAUAACUUCGUGAUUCAUUAGAUUUCGAUGUAGAACUUAUACGUUGUAAAGGAAACGUAUUCAGGCGGAUCGCUGGACGCGCCGCGACUGGCGGCGUUGCUUGUAACUGCUAGAGAGCUGUGCCGGGUGACAUCGCAAUCCAAACGUCCACUGCACUGUACUUAUUAUAAAAACUCGUUGUUAAGACGUCAUAUUGAUACUAAUGCCGGAAAAAAUAUACACUCUUAUGCCUUUUGAAGAAAAAGAUUAUCUUUAAGUGCCAUUUCACAUAAUUCUAUGUGAGUUUGAAACAAUCAUCAGAAUAUUGACAACGAAUCAGUCUCUUAAAAUCUCAAGUCAACAGCAAUAAAGUUUUAUCAUCGCAAUUAAAAGAUAAUCGCUGUGAACACGCCGUAAAGUCAGUCAGUAAGAUAAACGCGAAUCGUCCGGUAGGUGUGUCACGCUGCACCCUCAUGAAUUGUUUUUUCAAUUUCUCAUCAUCUCUCGUCUCACUAACAUACAUUGACUGUUUAAUGAGUCAAUGAAAAUUCCUGAGUUUAAUAGUUUUAAAACUAUUACUGGCCUCAGCUGUUUAUAAAUGUAAUAAAACAGAUUCGUAUUUGAAUAAUUAACAUUGUUCCAAAGAGACAUAAAGGUUUAGUAUUCUAGUCUGGUGAUGGCUAGAGCGUGCCCGUUACGGACGGACGCAUGACAGUCAUCAUCAAAAUCUCGAUAGACGUAAAUCCGUAGAAACUGUAUACGUUUCCUUUACACGGAAUAUCGAGUGAGAUGAAGAAAUAUUUUCCUCGGUUGAACUGCAUUUUGUAUUUUGUACCUACGAAAGUACAAAUCGUAAUAUAAUAUAAUAGAACAAUAUGUUAAGAUACCGAAGGCAUCGCCGCGAUAAAUAGUUACAUCCGAUUCCUAGACGCAAUAAAACGAGUGCAGUAUGUUCGUAUUGAUAUUGUAAUUGAGUUUAUGCAUUGCGUGACUUAGGUUAGGUCUAGAUGAAUAAAAUGCUAGAUUCUAGUUGAGGCGACGCGUACAAUGACCUCAUAAUAUUGUAACUAAUUAUAAGUUAAUCUAGGAACAUAAACACCAAAUAAAUUUAAUCGUUAAUAUCGUACGUAGAUAAAUUUAUUCGUUAAGUUUAUCGUUUAGUUUCGUUUUUAUAUAUUUCAUAAAUAUAUUGUAAAUUACGAAAAUAUACCUUUAAUAUAAUAGAAUAUUUGGUACAGUUAACUUCCUUCUUAUAAUAUAAGCGUUUAUAUAUAAUAUAUAUAAUUCGUUUUCGUAAAUUAUAAUUAAUAUAAAUUAAAAAUUUAGGCUGAAUAAAUUGCGCUGCAAAAUUUAUCGAAUUUUUUUAUCGAUAUCAUGAAAGCUCUACGCUUUGUAACAUACGUUCAGCGACACGCGGUUAAAAGAGAAAUAUUUUUCUCGUUUAUUUGUAAUAUAGGAAUAUUAAUCAUUAUAAAUAUUUAUCAAAAAAGGUGAAGAAACUUUAGACAAUGAAAUAAAAUUACGACAUGAAUCAUUUUAUAUUUAAAAAAAAAAAAACUAAAGUUUUAAGCGACUGCCAUACACACGUGUCAGCCUGGAACAAAAGUUUUCGAUUCGUCGAUUAUGUGACCAUAGAUUAAGCAGACAUUGCUAGCCCUAGAGGAGUUUUUGCCAUUCAAACAAUUUACAUGAUAUAUUCAUUAAUUUAUGACAAUAUAUUUAUAUCGACAAAUUCUAUUUAUAAAUAAAAAAAAUCAGUUCAUGUUUUAUGAAUAAAAAGCUAAUUACGAUUUAUAUGUAUACUAAAAAGCAUUGCAUGUUCAGUUCUAAAUAAGUAAUAAAGGUGAUUUUGGCAUGAACACUGCACCGUAGUUGGGCUGCCUUCCGGCACUUUGUAAGCAGGUCUGCCAACAUCGCAAUGGUACUCGUACAAUUCAAAAGGAUAUUUACAAAAAGUAACAAUCAUAUAAAUGUCUAAACUUAGAACCAGACAUUUAUAACUUUAAAUUAUAUUUACUAAACUGGAAUUAAUCAGAUCUGCUCAUCAUUUUUAAACAUACAUAAAAUGGUGACGAUGGACAUAUGAGACAAAAACUGUGCGGUUGUAAAUUGUAAAUAUUAUUAUGUUGGCAGACCUACAUUUUUAAAUCUGACAGCUACCAUUUCUAACAGUUGUCACUGUAAAAGUUAUAACACUGAGGUACAAUACCGUUACAUUAAAACGUUAAAAAUAACAACAUUAGAAAUUAAACGUUAUUUUUGUAUUCUCAGUUAAAUUUUAUUAAUGUUUUGAACGUAACAAGUGCGCUAGUGUUGACAUAAUUUAUUUUAAUAAUAUAUAGUCCUAAUUAAAAAAUUGUAAACAAUAACUUAAAUUUAAUUCGCUUUAAUUUAUCAACUAAAUAGUCUAAGAAUGCUAUGUAUCGUUGAAAUAUGUUUUUUUUGAGACUUUUUUUCGCGCUGCCAUCUUUAAAUAAAAUACUAGCAAUAAGUUUUAAACAAACGUCUUUAAAAGCUUCCAAAGCUUUAUAACUAAUUCAUACAGAUAAAACUUUAGAACUCGGCUUCUCCUCUGAAAAUAAAAAAGGAUAUUUCAACAAAUAUUUUCCAUUACAAUUUCUUCUUCACUUUGCGAUUGCAUAUCACGCAUAGAAGUCUAGCUGUUUCUAAAUUUUAUAGGCUAUUAGAAUAACAUAUCUUUCGCAUUUGGCAUGUGCCACGCGAAUGACCUAAGGACCUAGGCGACCUAGUAUUAAGCAUGUAUUCGGACGAUUCAAUAACGAAAAGCGUAGCCAUAACGAUUUUUCCAUUAAAAACUAUAUUCCAUUAUUGUAAUAUAGACAAUGAGUUAUGUCCUGUCUCUGUCGCGCACACCGUAACGUGAGCAGCGGGAAAAGGAUGUAAGAUGUCACUCUGUCAUGUGGUAGACAUACACAAGACAUGACUCAGCGAAUUGUUACUAGGACUUGUUAGAACUUACCUCUCUAUGACAUCAAAUCACGUAAAGAUUCUUAAAUCACCUGUAGGGAAAUUGUUUUGGCUACGUCUGUAUAUUUUUAUUGAAUUAACAAUAAAAGGAAAUAUUUUGAAUAAUAAAACGACUAAGCCUUUUUAAACAGUACUAUAAAAGUUAUUGAGUUCGUUUUUCUUCUAACGGAAUGUAAAUUGCACUCACUCACUUACUCUACCAGCUGACCGCUUUGAGGUGAACAUGUUACCACCAGAUAUGUCGACUAUUUUAUAUUUUGAGCUUCGGAAUACGCGGACUUCAAGUAAAAACGAAAGUAGUCCUAUUUUCAAAAAUUACCAUUUAUAAUAUUAUUAUUGAGAUUUAUUUAACGUUGUGCAUUUGCAUAUUAAUAAAGUAAUUUAAGAGGUCGUGUCUUCUGGUUUCCCGCCACACGCAAGUAACACUUGUAUGUCUGUACUCGUUACUCGACCGCAUGUUCCGAAGCUCAAAAGUUGGAAACAAUGUGACCUGUUUGUGAAUAUUUUCACAUGUCAUCCGCUGAUCUGAAAUGAAUAAAUCCCAAAUAAUUAGAAACAACAUUAAUUAGAAUUAGUUGUCAAUGUAUUGUAUUGAUUUUAAUCCGGAUUUUGAUGGUGAGUCAAGUCCGUAUAGCGUUAUGACUUCUCUGAGUACACGUAUAUGAUGUUGUCAUAGAUUAUGUUUACGAUGUAGGGCUUCCUGUAACUUUCCAGAUGAGACUAAAAUACUCACUUUAUAUUCAUUAGUUGAUAUUUUAAACUACAAAAUUUUCAUAAGUAUUACGCAAUAAUGAUAAUACAUUUGCCAUAAGAUAAAUGUUAUUUAUUUAUAUUACAAAUGUGUAGUCAUUUGAAAUCUAUCAUUUUAAGACAUUAAGAUAUUUAUUAAUCUAAGUAUUUGGGAUUAUAACCGUUACCGAACGUAACGAUGUAAUGUUACUUGCAAAGCAAGGAACUAAAUCAUUUAGCAUUAUGUGAAUAUUGUUUGAUAAAUAAGUUCCCUGUCAUCACUUAAAGUAUUGUUACAUUUUGAAGUUCAAAUAAAUAUAUAUAGAUAAUAAAUACGUCUUGCUUUGUAACGUUAAAAAACGUUAAUUAUAUUUCGUUGCAUGGCGGUCGGCGUUUCGACUGUAUCGUAAUAAUUUUAUAAAAAUGUUACAUUUAUAACAAAUUUAUUUUAAUGUAAUUAAUUAAUGUUUUAAUUAAUCGUUAUGUAAUUAUAAAUUAGUAUAUUUAAUUUUGUUACAGAUUAUUAUAAAUGAUAAUGAAUCUAUUUUCACUUAGUAUAUAUUUUUAAUAAAUGAUUAUUUUAAUAAGAUAUUUUUCAUGUUGCGGUUCGUUUUCUACAACAUAAUAUACUAUGGGUUAUCUCGUUAUAUGUUGGUUGUUUUUCAAUAAAGAUACUUUAAAUGUACGUUAAGAAUAAGAACCUUCUAUGCAGCAAUAAUUUUAGCUAUUACGAGCGAAAACAUGUAAAAAACUCAGCGACGCACUGUUUUUAUUACAUGUAAUGUUUCUUCGUUAACGUUGCUCUUUACCAGCAAGUCUGUCAUACGUUUGAAAUGUCAAUGUCAAUUUAAGUUGUUAUUAAAUUAAUAUAUCGUUUUAAAUAAAUGUAACGACUAAACACACUUAUUCGCAAUAGAAAUAUUUUCUUUU